CGCCCCGCUGUGUUAAUGUGGAAACCAUUGAAAUUGGUGAGUGUAGUAAACCCUAUGGUCACCCAGUUAGCUUGCAAAGGUUUUGCAAACCUAAAGAAGUGAGAGGUUUUUUUUUCUUCUUCUUAUUUUUUUUUUGUGCUAACACGUCAUAGAAGUUUUCCACAAUGCGGAACUGGCUGAGCUUUACCACAGCGCUGUAAAAUCUCAGGAAAAACUGUGGCACAAAGACAUAUAUACUGAUCUAUAACAGCCACAAGCAAAUGGUUCCCCUGAAGUCAAACCAGACUGAAAUGGAGAUGGCAGCUGAGGGUGGAGAUGCUUCUCGUCUUCCAGAGAUCAGAAGACCCAAAGAAGAAGAAGCAUAUGACAGUGAGAGUGAGACAGACAUGGACGAGGAAGGCAGAGGAGUACGAAUCCCUCUGCAUCGCUGGGUAAUGCACGGGACAGUGAUGUUUGGACGUGAGUUUUGCUAUGCCAUGGAAACCGCUCUGGUAACACCAGUUCUGCUGCAAAUAGGUCUUCCUGAAAAGUAUUACAGUUUAACCUGGUUUCUCAGUCCUAUCCUGGGUCUCCUCUUCACACCUCUGAUUGGGACAGCCAGUGACCGCUGUAGCCUGCGAUGGGGCAGGAGAAGACCGUUCAUUCUGGGUCUUUGUGUAGGUGUACUGCUGGGAGUGGCACUGUUUUUAAAUGGUUCAUUAAUAGGCCUUUCCGUCGGCGACACUCCCAAUAAGCAUACUAUCGGCAUCGUUCUUACUGUGCUGGGCGUGGUGGUGCUGGACUUCUGCGCUGAUGCCUCAGAGGGACCAAUCAGAGCUUAUCUGCUGGAUAUUGCAGACACAGAUGAGCAAGAUAUUGCGCUGAACAUUCAUGCAUUCUCUGCUGGGCUUGGUGGAGCAAUAGGAUACAUGCUUGGAGGUCUAGACUGGACUGGCACAGCUCUGGGCCAAGCAUUUCAAUCACAGGAGCAGGUUCUCUUCAUGUUUGCAGCCAUCGUCUUUAUUAUCUCUGUCACACUGCACAUGUUCAGUAUCCCUGAGCAGCCCUUCAGUCCAUCAAACCAGGUUAAAGACACAGAAAAUGGGGAUUCUACUGGCCAGGUAUCUUUGAAGCCAGCUGGCCGCACACUGGAUGUAAUUACAGAAGAGGAUGCUUCUGCUCGAGCUCGAUCCAGAGACGACCCUGAAUCAGAUCCUAAGGAAGUGGAAAUUGACUUUCUUGCUGUGGAGCGAGUAAGGAGUAAAAGUGAUUCAGUCUUAGCCAUGCCAGAUGCUACAAUUGAGUUAGAUGCAGACCUUGACCCAGACACACAAAAUUUCUUGCCAGAGACACACUUUCAACCUGAAAUGCAAGAAGACCUUGAAGAUGUUUUCAAACUAUCAGAUUCCAGUGCUGAAACUCCACCUUCUGUCGGACCACAACCCCCUCCUGAUGGGAUGGCCGACGUGACGCCUAUAAGUUCAGUUUUAUCUGAACUUAAAGAUUCAGCAAAUGGUCAUCCGUCCUUCCAGCAGACCAACUGGGGCUCAGAGGAUUCCCAGUUGAAACUGCAGGCCAAACCUGCCAAUGGUUCUGAGUUCCCCAGUGUUAUGAAAACCCAUGGCACCAAGCCGGGAAACCAUACAUCCAGUACACGGCCAGGCAGACCCACCUACUACAGACAACCCUCAUUUACCUUUUCAUAUUAUGGUCGAGUUGGAGCACAACGGCAUCGAAUGCGACACACAGGACAUUUCACCCCUCGGCCAAUCACCACGUCCCAAAGUUUGAAUGAUUUAAGCAUCAUCCAGCGGCAUACAGACAGACGACGGUUGCAGCUUUCAGCCAGCAGUGUGUCAUCUGAGGGCUCAAGCAGUGAGGGAGGAACAGACAAGGGUGGGAGUGUACGGCUGCUGUGGUUGUCCAUGUUGAAGAUGCCCAGUCAGCUCUGGAGAUUAUGUGUGUGUCACCUGCUCACAUGGUUCUCCAUUAUAGCUGAAGCUGUGUUUUAUACAGAUUUCAUGGGGCAGGUUAUUUUCCAAGGAGACCCCAAGGCACCAGCCAAUUCCACAGAGCUACAAAAUUAUCACAAAGGAGUACAGAUGGGCUGCUGGGGACUGGUGGUUUAUGCUGCUACUGCUGCUGUCUGCUCUGCCAUCCUUCAGAAGUAUCUGGAUCAUUUUGAUCUCAGCAUUAGGGUCAUCUACAUUCUUGGGACUCUGGGAUUCUCAGUAGGUACUGCAGUCAUGGCAAUCAUCCCUAAUGUUUAUGUUGCGAUGGUGAUGAUCAGUACCAUGGGCAUCAUCUCCAUGAGUAUCUCCUACUGUCCCUAUGCAUUACUUGGCCAGUACCAUGAAAUAAAAGAGUACAUUAACCACAGCCCAGAAAACACUCGAAGAGGUUUUGGGAUUGAUUGCGCUAUUUUAACCUGCCAGGUUUACAUCAGCCAGAUUUUGGUUGCAUCAGCACUUGGAUCUGUGGUAGAGGCAGUUGGCAGUGUGCGUGUCAUUCCCAUUGUGGCCUCUGGGGGUUCUUUCCUUGGCUUUCUUGCAGCUUGUUUCCUUCUCAUUUAUCCUGAUUUGGAGCCCAGCAGCUCAGAGCAGGACGAGGAUUCGGUGGGUUUUCCUGGAGUAGAAGACCAGAAUGCAGAAAAUACCAGUGAGCAGACACAGGCUCUGCUGAAACUCACAAACACAGAUACAGAAACGGAGAGUUUGAAUAAGAUGGAAAACCACUCUUCUACUUGAGCAUGACCAUACAAAGACUUGUUUAGGAUUAUGCUCAUCAAGCAGAAAUCACAGGAUGUGAGGUUUUUACCAAAUGCAUCUACUUGAUUUACAGAUUUUACAUUCUGGACCUUUCUGAAGGAAAGAUCAGAAAAAGAAAAAAAAGACAUGGCGGAAAGUUAGGUCCAUAUUAAGAUAUCAAGGUGGAGCUGAGCUGGAACAAUUAUUUGCUUUGUGUACUAACAGAAAUAAGUAUUUCAGUUUUGAUAUGUUUCAUUUGUCGUACUACCUCAGCUCUAAUGCAAAUAAAUUUCCAGCUGCUUAGAUUUAAAGAAGCCAUUAGAAUACCAAAAGACAAAUGACAGCUAUCUGUUGUGACUGUUGAAAGUAAAUUAGAUGGUACUACUGAAACAAACUUUAUUGAAAAAUGGAUUUAAGAAGCACACAGGGCACUUUCUGUCUCUCUUCUGAAUGCUGAUGCUGCAGAGUAAAGUAAUGUCUGACACUUUACAUCAUAGAAGCUGUUCUAUAACUGCUUAAUAGACAAUCUUGAUGCUGUAAAAGUUAUGUGUAUUCCUGCAUUACCUGCAGGCUAAAUGCAGAUGCAGAAAACAUUUUUCAAUUUCUUGCUGAAGUGCCUUGAGAUUAUAUUUUUGUUUAAGCUCUUUUUGAUGCCAGAUAUUAAUGUUGCUGGCUUUAAUGCAAUGGGAUUCUGUCAUUUAGACAUAGGUCACUUUAGCUCACUCAGUAUUUUGUCAUGUGUGCAUAAGGUUUGUUGCAUUUGUGCAAACUGUUGUUGUCAGUAUUGUCUCUGGCAGAUAAUUGGAAUUCUCUUUGGGCAUCUGAGAGGUUCCAUAAUGCAUAAUGUGUGUCUGUUGUUGACCACACAGAGACUUUCAGAGUUGUGGAGACUUUUUUGUGUUUACUUGAACGAAAGGAUUUUUUUUAGUCGCACCAUUGAGAUUUUAUCCUCAGUUUUUCAAUUCUGCAAACGAAAUCUAGGCUGUUUUGAACUUGAGUAAGUUCAUGAAAAUCAGGUUCCGUGGCAGAGUUAAAAAUGUGAAGGACAGCAGACAAGUGAUCAUUGCUGAAAGAGGUUGUUUAUCUUUAUUUGUUAAACGUCAGGACUGAGAAUGUUUGUAAAAAACAUCUCUUUAUGUGUGGAAGGCUAUCCUCUUUGAAGAAUAAAAGAAUAAAAAUCCAGCAGUCACACUGACUUCAAGUGAAAGUGUAACAAAGUGAGUCAGCGCUCUUACCCUGAUGAAGUUAACUAUUUUAGCCGAAACAUCAACAGCAUAGUUAAUUUUUAGCAGUGACUUACACAACACCUUCUGGUGUAUUUAAUAGUGCAAAAAAUGCCAAUUUCAGUUCUAGGUUCAUUUCUCUCACUUUAUACUGUAUCUGAUUCAAAAGUCAGAUGUUUUUUCCUUUCAGAUUUGGACAGCCAUCGCUUUUAACACCUGCCAGUUUGUCCCAAUUUAGCCCCCAGCUUAUCAAUUCAUGCAGUUACCUCCAUGAACAAGUAACUCCCUGUCACAGUCCCUUUCAUAGAGUGCAUUUCUGCCAGCUCCUUUGUAAUCUCACACUCUUUUGUUAUCCCACGUACAAAGAUGAGAAACUGGGCUGUGUUGCGGACCUAACAGCGCUCAUCCCGAACUGAAGUGAAAAGUUAAAAUUGUCUGGCUAAAGCCUCACAUUUUUCACAGUGUCCUUGAUCUGUCUUGUUACUAUUUGCAUAUUUUCAAAUACUUCUUUUAUCUCAGGGCUAAUUAGCCAGGCAGAGUCCACCAAAUACUCUUUGAUAAACUCCUCAUCUGAGAACAUCCUACUAGUUGUGGGUAGACGAGGCCUCGUGAAGCGUUUCAGCACAUUCCCCAAACUGUAUCGUUACUAUGUCGACACAUGUUGUUGUUUUGCUCCAUACUGACACCUGCUGGACCUUAAAUAUCAUUGCAGGCAACUUACUUGAGACUCACAACAGACACUGAUUCAAUGACCUACUCAUACUUGUAUACUCUGUAAGGUAUUGUACUUUCCAUGGAAUCAUUUUAUAUCUUUUACAUUUCAAAUAUUGUCUUUAAAAUAUAUUGUGAAUGACAUUAAGUGAAAAUUAAAAUGAAAGUAUUGUGAAUGUAAUAUUACCCAUUUAAAUGUAAUUGACUCAGAGUUUAUUAUAAAUUUCUAUUCAGAAAAAUACGUUUAUCCAAUGUUGUUGCAUUCAGUCUAUUGCGUUUUUUUGACACCAUUUCCCCAGCUUUGGAAAACAUACGCUCACGGGGCACAGAUGAAACUGGGGUACACAAAAACUGUAAAGCCAGGUGGAAAAGGUUCGGAUAAGACGUCUUCCUAUUCCCCCAGUACGUUAAAGGAUCCUCUGAUCUUGGAAUGUUUCUCUCUGCCAAGUAGCUGGACCUCAGUGAUGGAGUCCGCUGUUGCAUUGUUGGUUUGUCUGCCAACUUCUUCAUCGAGCUGCAGGUUUUCUGAAAUAAUAAAAAAUGCAUGGCCAUUUUAGUUUUUGUCAUCUACCCCAAAUUAGUAUACAUUAGCAUCAAAAUAAAUGUAAGAAUAAGCUGAUAAUACUGAACUUGUCUGGAACAGGUGACUGCUCUGAUGAAGGUCCAGGCUGUGGCUCAGAUGCUGUGCGGGACUGCAGCACACUCCAUUUUCAGGCGACUGACUGCCUUACUACACUUGGAGGAACUACGAAAUCCGAGUGUUUUAAAUCUGGGGUCUAAAAGGGUUGAUAGGGUCAACACACUUAAUGACUCCAGGUUAGAAGCAGUGUCUGUGACAUGACGCCUAAGUUGGUCAUGGAGAUGGGUGGCUGUUUGUGUGCGUAGAUGUAAAGAGUUCCGGUCAAGUGCACAAUAAAGCAUUUUCAUCAUCGGGAUGAUCUUUGAUCCUGAAACUCUCCUCAGACAACUCCACUGUGGCCUGAUGGAAAGGGGCCAGCACAAGAAGUGCUUCCCUUAUGAUGUUACACUCAUCAGCCGUAAGUGGAGUUAAAUCUGUUGAAGAGAAGCAACAGAUACCCAGACUGGUUCUUUCUCAUCAUGUAGCCGUGACAGCAUCUGAUAUGUGCUGUUCCAAUGUGUUGGUACCUCGUUGAUAAGUUUCAAGAUGGGCCGUCCCAUCUACUGCUACACUUUGGCAAGCUUUUCUUUGGCUGUAGUGCUGGAUCUGAAGAAUGAUACGAUUUGUCUAGAUUUGUCUCUUAUGGAUGAAAGUUCAGGGAUUUGAUAACAUGAUUUCUUGACUAAUAAAUUUAUUUUGUGUGCAAUGCAAACUGAAUGUCGACUUUGGAGAGUUCUUGUUGCUGCAAUCAUGUUUGGUGCUGUCGGUCAGUGGACACCUUACCUUAUUUGUGAUGGCCCAGUCAUCCAUCAUGCCUGUUUUGAAUUGGGCCAAAUUGUCUGCAGUGUGACUUUGUGGAAAGUGUUUCACACCCAACACAGAUGUACACAACUGCAUAUUCUCAUUAAUGUAGUGACAGGUAAGAGCCAAGUAAGCCUCCAUGUUCAAAGAGGUCCACAUGUCAGCUGUUAUACUCACUGCCACAGCUUGCUUUACUUCCAUUUUCACUCGUUCGAGUUCCUCCGCAUGUUUUUUGGCUAUCAAUUCCUUGAUGGUCUGAAGAUGAAACAAAAUUAAAUCAGUAUGCAGUACUUAACAUCAGCUACCUGAUGAGACUUUGUCUAUACAAACCUUUCUGGUUGGCAAAACGUAUGAUGGAUCACCUGAACCAGCCCCCUGAACCCCUCACUCUCCACAAUACUAAGGGGUUGGCAGGCCUUUAUAAUAAAAUUCAGGACUGCCUGGCCCAGAACAGUCUUCCUAGAUGCUUGAUUUCAAAAUAAUAAAACACAUAUUAAUAAAAAAAUUAUGAUAAAGCUGCUCAAUGUCUAUAUAAGCCUACCUGUGUUUGUCUCUUCAUUUUCAUGUUUGGCUCUGUAAUGCCUAAACAUUGAGGAGGUGCUUUUGUUUGUGUAAGAAAGCUCCGCAGAACAGAUGCGACAUUUAACCUGCAUAAAAUGAAAAACAUAAUUUACACUGCAGGUCACACUGUUGUUUUUCCUAUUCUGAUAGAUUACACUGAAACAAAGACAGACAAACAGUUAAAAUAUCGAAAUGAUCCCACACAGCAGAAACGUUUCUUUUUCUUUCCUUUCGGGCUCCAUUUUGU